AAUCAUUGCUAGAGUUAAUAAAUGUGCAUAUGCUGCAGAAAACGUGUAGUCUCACAAAGAACCCCAAUCGUAUAGUAGCUGAAUCAAUCAAGGUGAGCCCUUUUCCUCAAUCCGAUUCUUCAUUUCUCACAACAUUCAAAACCCAUUAUUUUCUUGCUCAAUCUGUCUAGAACCCCAUAACAAUUUCACACAAUUCAGCUCCUUCAUUUUUCUACUUUUACACCAACUUUCAGUCAUUCUCUGAACCCAAACACUCAUUUUUUUCUGGUUUAUCAUCGCGCAAUCCGGUUUCCUUGUUGGAAGAUGUUUCUGUUUCUGUGAUUUGGAACUGGUGUGCCAAUUUUCGCUUGGUGGGUCUCUACAAUUUCUGAGAAACCCUUGAAUUUGGAAGCAUUGGAUUGAAUAGGGUUUGUUUGAUUGGAAAAUUGAACAAAGUGUAGCUCAGACUCAGUAGAAUUGAGAAGGGAAUUUGGGAAAAUGGGGAAGCCUUUGUUUUAUGAGAUCUUGGAAAAACCAGCUACUAGUGUUCUUAUAGGAAUAUGCAGUGUGAUCUGGUUCUACAUACAGAAGAAAAAUAUUGGGUAUUCACAUGUGGGUCUGAGUUAUGAGACUGCUAUUGAAGGGCAGCAUUGGAGGAUAAUCACCUCUGCAUUUUCCCAUAUUAGUGUUAUUCAUCUUGUUUUUAACAUGAGUGCACUUUGGAGUCUUGGGGUGGUAGAGCAGCUAGACCACUUAGGCCUUGGUGUUGAGUACUAUUUGCAGUAUACACUUGUGUUGGUUAUUUUAUCAGGAGUGCUGGUUCUGGCUAUGUACCACUUGUUGAUUCAAAGAUUUAAGAUAGAGUAUUUUCGUCGAGUUACGGCUGUUGGGUAUUCCUGUGUUGUUUUUGGGUGGAUGACAAUUCUUUCGGUGAAGCAACCGUCUUCCAAGUUGGAUCUGUUUGGGUUUCUGUCUCUCCCUAUCAGUUUUGCGCCGUUCGAGUCGCUUAUUUUCACUUCGAUUAUUGUUCCACAGGCAAGUUUUCUUGGCCAUUUAUCAGGGAUUGUUGUUGGGUAUGCUAUAGCAUGGGGUUUGAUUCAUGGGAUGAGCAAUUACUGGGCACUUUCCUUGUUGGGUUGGAUUGUGCUUGUCUUUGUCUUGAGUUUAAAGAGAUCGGGUGUGCUUGAGCUAAACUUCCUUGAGAUUGAAUCUGUUACUGAUCCUUCCUUACCGUCUGUGCGGUUUUUGGCAUCUGGCAAUGGGAGAACCUUGCAGAUGAGUGCAUUGCCGGAUGGAAAUAUUGACCUUGUCUAAUGUUGAACUGGUAUCAUUGUUAUGUUUAGAUGUUACCUUGACACACUCAAUAUUGAUAGCAAUAUGAUUCCAAUUAUUCCACAAUAGAAUUUGUUCAAAGCUUCAUCAA